AUGGCGGUGAAGAUCGGCAUCAACGGAUUCGGGCGCAUCGGUCGCAUGGUUUUCCAGGCCAUCUGCGACCAGGGACUGUUGGGCUCCAAGCUCGAUGUCGUCGGCGUGGUCGAUAUGUCCACCGACGCAGAGUACUUCGCUUACCAGAUGAAGUAUGACACGGUUCACGGCCAGUUCAAGCACGACGUGAAGAUCGGUGAGAAGGACGAGCUGAUCGUGAACGGAAACAAGAUCAAGUGCAUCCAGGCCAGCCGGGAAGGCCCCAAGGCCCUGCCUUGGAAGGACAUGGGCGUGAAGUACGUCAUCGAGUCCACUGGCCUCUUCGUGGAGUACGAGAAGGCCGUCGGCCACAUCGAGGCAGGUGCAGAGAAGGUGAUCAUCUCGGCCCCGGGCAAGGGCAACCUGAAGACGCUGGUCUGCGGCGUGAACCACACGGAGUAUGACAAGGCCAACCACCACGUGGUGAGCAACGCCUCCUGCACCACGAACUGCCUUGCCCCGAUCUGCCACGUGCUCCUCAAGGAGGGUGUCGGCAUCGAGAAGGGGCUGAUGACCACCAUCCAUGCUUACACCGCCACGCAGAAGACGGUGGAUGGCGUGUCUGCCAAGGACUGGCGAGGAGGUCGCGCAGCCGCAUGCAACAUCAUUCCCUCCGCGACGGGCGCCGCAAAGGCAGUGGGUGAGGUGCUGCCGAGCACCAAGGGUAAGCUUACCGGCAUGGCCUUCCGAGUGCCAACUCCGGAUGUCUCAGUGGUGGACCUCACUUUCACGGCAGAGAAGGACACGUCCAUCCAGGAGAUCGACUCGCUGCUGAAGGCAGCCUCUGGCAGCUACAUGAAGGGUGUUCUCUCCUACACUGACGAGGAGUUGGUGUCCAUGGACUUCGUUCACAACGUGAACUCCUCCAUCUACGACUCCAAGGCCACUCUGCAGAACAACCUGCCGGGCGAGAAGCGAUUCUUCAAGGUCGUGUCCUGGUACGACAACGAGUGGGGAUAUUCCAACAGGGUGGUGGAUCUUCUGAUGCACAUGAUCAGUCAGUCCACGCUCGCGCAUCUUGUGCGGCCGCAGUGCUCCAUUCUUGCUAGUGCGUCCCCGAACUCUUGUCCCAUUGUCGAAAUUGCAAUGGCGGUGAAGAUCGGCAUCAACGGAUUCGGGCGCAUCGGUCGCAUGGUUUUCCAGGCCAUCUGCGACCAGGGUCUGUUGGGCUCCAAGCUCGAUGUCGUCGGCGUGGUCGAUAUGUCCACCGACGCAGAGUACUUCGCUUACCAGAUGAAGUAUGACACGGUUCACGGCCAGUUCAAGCACGACGUGAAGAUCGGUGAGAAGGACGAGCUGAUCGUGAACGGAAACAAGAUCAAGUGCAUCCAGGCCAGCCGGGAAGGCCCCAAGGCCCUGCCUUGGAAGGACAUGGGCGUGAAGUACGUCAUCGAGUCCACUGGCCUCUUCGUGGAGUACGAGUGGCUCGUCGACAUACUUGCGCUUCAUGGAGUGGUGCCGUGCGAGGUCUUUGCUUGGGUUCCGAAGGCCGUCGGUCACAUCGAGGCAGGUGCAGAGAAGGUGAUCAUCUCGGCCCCGGGCAAGGGCAACCUGAAGACGUUGGUCUGCGGCGUGAACCACACCGAGUACGACAAGGCCGCCAACCACCACGUGGUGAGCAACGCCUCCUGCACCACGAACUGCCUUGCCCCGAUCUGCCACGUGCUCCUCAAGGAGGGCGUCGGCAUCGAGAAGGGGCUGAUGACCACCAUCCAUGCUUACACCGCCACGCAGAAGACGGUGGAUGGCGUCUCUGCGAAGGACUGGCGAGGAGGUCGCGCAGCCGCAUGCAACAUCAUUCCCUCCGCGACGGGCGCCGCAAAGGCAGUGGGUGAGGUGCUGCCGAGCACCAAGGGUAAGCUUACCGGCAUGGCCUUCCGAGUGCCAACUCCGGAUGUCUCAGUGGUGGACCUCACUUUCACGGCAGAGAAGGACACGUCCAUCCAGGAGACUCGGGUCGCAAGUUCGGAAAAGGUGCUGGAAAGAGUUCUUGCUGCAAUCUUGAUGAUGCAGGAGAUCGACUCGCUGCUGAAGGCAGCCUCUGGCAGCUACAUGAAGGGUGUUCUCUCCUACACCGACGAGGAGUUGGUGUCCAUGGACUUCGUUCACAACGUGAACUCCUCCAUCUACGACUCCAAGGCCACUCUGCAGAACAACCUGCCGGGCGAGAAGCGAUUCUUCAAGGUCGUGUCCUGGUACGACAACGAGUGGGGAUAUUCCAACAGGGUGGUGGAUCUUCUGAUGCACAUGAUCAGCGCAUAG